CCCCGGCUGAGAGGCGCCGCUCGCCGCUGAGGGACCCCCCGCACCCGCAGCGUUUCCUCGGGUUCCUGCCGUCGCUCGGGGGAGAUGGGCCUGCUCGCCCGCAGCUCUGCGUCGCCGCCGCUCUGAGGAGUUAAGGCAGAGUUACAGAGAGAAAGGGAGAGACAGAUCUUCCAUUGGCUGGUUCACUCCCCAAAUGGCAUCAAGGUCUGUGGCUGGACCAGACUGAAGCCAGGAGCCUGGAACUGCAGGACAUCUAUGAUAGCAGUCUUCUGUAAAUUCAACUUUUCCAAGAAUUCUCUGAAGGAAUAAAGUAGGAUUUUCUUACAUCAUGACUUAAUUUGAAUGCAAGACCAAGAAAUAAGUUGUGUAUCUAAAUAUAAUGAAGGGCUGUGUGUGAACACUGACCCUGACUCAAUUCUAAUGAACAUUUUAGACAUGAGUUUACAUCGGCAAAUGGGUUCAGAUCGAGACCUUCAGUCUUCUGCUUCAUCUGUGAGCUUGCCUUCAGUCAAAAAGGCACCCAAAAAAAGAAGAAUUUCAAUAGGCGCUCUGUUUCGGAGGAAAAAGGAUAACAAACGUAAAUCAAGGGAGCUAAAUGGCGGAGUGGACGGAAUUGCGAGUAUUGAAAGUAUACAUUCUGAAAUGUGUACUGAUAAGAACUCCAUUUUCUCUACAAAUACCUCUUCUGAGAAUGGAUUAACUUCCAUCAGCAAACAAAUUGGAGACUUUAUAGAGUGCCCUUUGUGUCUCUUGCGGCAUUCUAAAGACAGAUUUCCUGAUAUAAUGACAUGUCACCAUAGAUCUUGUGUGGAUUGCUUACGACAAUAUCUAAGGAUAGAAAUCUCUGAAAGCAGAGUUAAUAUCAGUUGCCCAGAAUGUACUGAACGGUUUAAUCCUCAUGAUAUUCGCUUGAUAUUAAGUGAUGAUGUCCUGAUGGAAAAAUAUGAAGAAUUUAUGCUUAGACGAUGGCUUGUUGCAGAUCCUGAUUGUAGAUGGUGUCCGGCUCCAGACUGUGGAUAUGCUGUGAUAGCAUUUGGAUGUGCCAGCUGUCCAAAAUUAACUUGUGGGCGAGAAGGCUGUGGAACAGAGUUUUGCUACCACUGUAAACAGAUUUGGCACCCCAACCAGACCUGUGAUGCUGCUCGACAAGAGAGAGCCCAGAGUUUACGUUUGAGAACUAUACGUUCUUCAUCUAUUAGUUAUAGUCAAGAGUCUGGAGCAGCAGCUGAUGAUAUAAAGCCAUGUCCACGAUGCGCUGCUUAUAUAAUAAAAAUGAAUGAUGGGAGCUGCAAUCACAUGACUUGCGCUGUCUGUGGUUGUGAGUUUUGUUGGUUAUGUAUGAAAGAAAUCUCAGAUUUACAUUAUCUCAGUCCAUCAGGAUGUACUUUUUGGGGAAAGAAACCCUGGAGCCGAAAGAAGAAGAUACUGUGGCAGCUAGGAACACUUGUUGGUGCUCCUGUGGGAAUUGCGUUAAUAGCUGGUAUUGCUAUCCCUGCCAUGAUCAUUGGCAUUCCUGUGUACGUAGGCCGUAAGAUUCACAAUCGAUAUGAAGGCAAGGAUAUUUCAAAGCACAAACGGAAUUUGGCCAUAGCAGGUGGAGUAACGUUGUCUGUGAUUGUGUCUCCAGUAGUAGCUGCAGUAACUGUAGGUAUUGGUGUUCCUAUUAUGUUAGCUUAUGUCUAUGGUGUUGUUCCAAUUUCUCUCUGUCGAAGUGGAGGUUGUGGAGUCUCAGCAGGAAAUGGAAAAGGUGUCAGGAUUGAAUUUGAUGACGAAAAUGAUAUAAAUGUUGGUGGAACGAACACAGCUGUAGACACAACAUCAGUAGCAGAGGCAAGACACAACCCCAGCAUAGGGGAGGGAAGUGUCGGAGGCCUGACUGGCAGUUUGAGCGCAAGUGGAAGCCACAUGGAUCGAAUAGGAGCCAUUCGAGACAACCUGAGUGAAACAGCCAGCACCAUGGCGCUAGCAGGAGCGAGUAUAACGGGGAGUCUGUCAGGAAGUGCCAUGGUAAACUGUUUUAACAGGUUGGAAGUACAAGCGGAUGUACAGAAAGAACGAUACAGUCUAAGUGGAGAAUCUGGCACAGUCAGCUUGGGAACAGUCAGUGAUAAUGCCAGUACCAAAGCAAUGGCAGGAUCCAUUCUGAAUUCCUACAUCCCAUUGGACAAAGAAGGCAACAGUGUGGAAGUGCAAGUGGAUAUUGAAUCAAAGCCGUCUAAAUUCAGGCACAACAGCGGAAGCAGCAGUGUGGAUGAUGGCAGUGCCGCCCGGAGUCAUGCUGCUGGCUCAGCUGGUGGCUUGCCUGAAGGUAGAUCCAGUGCCACCAAGUGGCCCAAAGAAGCGACAGCAGGAAAAAAAUCAAAAAGUGGUAAAGCGAGGAAAAAGGGUAACAUGAAGAUAAAUGAAACCCGAGAGGACAUGGAUGCGCAGUUGUUAGAACAACAAAGCACGAACUCCAGCGAAUUUGAGGCUCCGUCCCUCAGUGACAGUAUGCCAUCUGUAGCCGAUUCCCACUCUAGUCACUUUUCUGAAUUUAGUUGUUCUGACCUUGAAAGCAUGAAAACUUCAUGUAGUCAUGGUUCCAGUGAUUACCAUGCCCGCUUUGCUACUGUUAACAUUCUUCCUGAGGUGGAAAAUGACCGUCUGGAGAAUUGCCCGCAUCAGUGUAGCAUUUCUGUGCUUACCAACACUGCUUCAUGUUCAGAAGUUCCACCGUUGAAUCAUAUUGCUGAAGAACAUGGUAACAGUGCAAUAAGACCCAAUGUUGAUUUAUAUUUUGGCGAUGCACUAAAAGAGACAAACAACAACCACUCACUUCCGACAAUGGAAUUAAAAGUUGCAAUUCAGACUGAAAUUUAGGCCCAUAAAUGCUGCAAAAUAAUUACCACUGAACAACCUUGUUUGGAGCUGGUUGAACUACACAUGACUACAGAAGUCAGGUUUCACAAUCCUAAUGCAGAUAUAUUUUCUGUGUUCAAUAAGUAUUGUGUUUCGUGUGGAUCAUAAUUACCAAACAAUGAAAUGAAGGCUUUAAAAGUGCAUUAUUGUAAAGAUAAUAAAUCUGUAAGAGCAAAGCAUGUUCUGUGUGUAUAACACAAAACAUUGCUUAAAACACAUUUUUGUGUCUUUAGAUAGAAGAAGUUUGGCUUUAUUUAUAAUCAAUAUAAAAUACUAAUGGAGUUCUACAGCAUUCUUAUGAAGAAAAGUUGAGGAUUGGGGUAAGUGGUUAGUGAUAUUCUAUUGAAACCACUAAAGGAUACUGUGUGAAAGAACUUGGCAGGUUCUUCUCAUGUAUGAUACUCUUUGUAAUAUUCCUGUUCCUAACUGGGCAUAAACUUUGUUUUUUCCCUUCAUAUGCUAUGUGGAUAUAUAAAGCUUAAUGCAGCCCAUUGGCUACCAUUUGGAUACUUAGAUACUUUGAGCAAGAUUGUGGCAGUCUUUGCACAACUUCAAAAUAGAAAUAGCUGGUACUCUAUAUAUCUUGUAUCUUGUUGAUGCCAUCUUAGAAGAAAAAUGUAAAGGUAGGUAAUUAAGUAUACUGACAGCAACAAAUAAGAUAUAUAAAACUGCAAAAUAAAAUCCCAUAGACUAUAUAAGUAUUACAGAGAAGUCACUUGUUAUCAAUUCUUGAUGUCUUUGGGAUAUACACUGGGUUUUAAGAACCUAGUUGUUUGAGGAUUUUGCCGUAUUGUUUUCCAUAAUGUCCUAUCACUUGGAUUAUAUAGAAAAACACAGGAAAUAGAUGAACACAAAUGUGAUUAAUAAAAAUGAAGAAGUAUUAGCCUACCAAAGACACGCUCAGGCUUUAGUGAAUAAUGCCACAUAACCUCAGUUUUGAAUACAUGCAUAUGUUCUCCAGCCAUGAAAGCAAAGCAUGGUGCAGAGCUUGUACCGAGGACAAAAGGUCCAUAUGGUUGGCUUUAUUUUCUUUUGCUUCUGUUGAUGGAAGAUGUUCAAUUGACAUAAGCAGAAGUUGGCCAAAAUACUGUCUGUACUGUUACCUGGUAUAAUUCUCUUAAAUAAAGCAGGUUAACCUCAAUUAUAGCAGUUUAAAAUGUUCCAUCUUACUUGUUUCUCUUAAGUAUUACCAUUAUGGUGCUAUGGAGCAUUUUCUUUUGAUAAAAAGAAAAAUGUCAUGGGCUGCAGGCUUUCAUCACUUCUCCUCACCAGGUCCAAUAAUAUGCUUAUAACACUAGUGCCAGUUAUUUUAUUUGAUAAAGUUUAUUAUGGUAUUUGUAUAUUUGUUUGCAUUCCAAUUUUGUUCAAUAAUGAGUGUGUAAAAUGCUUCUGAGAAAUAAAUGUAAAUACUAAUGUACUGCUGCUGUU